CAGAGCCGCUGCAGCAGGUCAGAGGAAAUGUUAUUUAACCGUGGCUCCAGUCCCCUCCCACUUGCCGGUUUUGCUGGGGGAGAGGGAGAGAGGCUUGUAAGGAAGGAGUAAACUGGGGGGCUGACGCCAAGAGCUGAUUCGGUCCCUGCAAGCAGAGGUGCCGGCUGCAGAUGGCUGCUUGGGUUUGGAAGGAGGGACUGAGCCGGAGCAGCUAGCAGAGACGCGGACCGUCUUGGGGACACCGCAGCGGGCUCCGGUAGUGCUCCUCCGGUGUCAUUCUCAGCAGCUGGAAGGACUGCUUCCUUCCGUGAUCUCCUGCUGUGAAGCUUGGACUCAAAGCUGGAGCGAUGGAGAGACAGAGAGAUGGCUGAACCCAGGCAGGCGUAGCACCAGGCCCAUGAGAAGACCCCGAGCUGGAGGAGAGGUGGCGUUGCCAAGCGGGGUCCUUCUCCCCCUGCCCACGUAGGGGCAGCGGGGGGCUUCGUCGCGGCUGCUGAGCUCUGCCCCAUGACCAACGCCAAGGACCCAAAGGGCAUGAUGGACCCCUCACCGGCAGCCCCCAGUGCGGCGGCAGGCCCCGUUACCUUCUCCCAGGUGUUUGGGCAGCAGUGCCAGCUCAUGGAAGCAGCUGUAGAGUCAUUGCACUCCUUAAACGACCAGAUCUCUCAUUUUAUCGUGAACAAGUCAAAAGCGCUGGAUGAAGACGACGAUGCUUUUCUGCCCAGUGAGAAGGAAUCUCUGAGGAGCUCCAUGAUGCUGAUGAGGCACCUCCUACGGGACGCACAGGCCAAAAUCCUGCACAUGAUGGACGACAACAAGCAGCUGGCGCUGCGCAUCGACGGGGCGCUGCAGGCGGCCGGCCAGGAGGUGACGGCGCUGCGCGCCGAGCUGGCCGCCACCGCCCGCCGCCUCGCCGAGCUGGGCGCCGACGCCGGCGGCAUGGAGCCCGGCCCGCCAGGGCUGCUGCGAGAGGAGGUGGCCCAGCUGCAGGAGGAGGUCCACCUGCUCCGGCAGAUGAAGGAAAUGCUGGCGAAAGACCUGGAGGAGACGCACGGCGGCAAGUCCACCGAGGUCCUCUCGGCCACCGAGCUCAAGGUGCAGCUGGCGCAGAAGGAGCAGGAGCUGGCGCGAGCCAAGGAGGCCCUGCAGGCCAUGAAGGCCGACCGCAAGCGCCUCAAGGCCGAGAAGACGGACCUGGUGAGCCAGAUGCAGCAGCUCUACGCCACGCUGGAGAGCCGCGAGGAGCAGCUCCGCGACUUCAUCCGCAACUACGAGCAGCACCGGAAAGAGAGCGAGGACGCGGUGAAAGCCCUGGCGAAGGAGAAGGACCUGCUGGAGCGGGAGAAGUGGGAGCUGCGCCGGCAAGCCAAGGAGGCCACGGACCACGCCAGCGCCCUCCGCUCCCAGCUGGACCUCAAGGACAACCGCAUGAAGGAGCUGGAGGCCGAGCUGGCCAUGGCCAAGCAGUCGCUCGCCACGCUGACCAAGGACGUCCCCAAGCGGCACUCGCUGGCCAUGCCGGGCGAGACGGUGCUCAACGGCAACCAGGAGUGGGUGAUGCAAGCCGACCUGCCGCUGACGGCCGCCAUCCGGCAGAGCCAGCAGACCCUCUACCACUCGCACCCCCAGCACUCGGCGGACCGGCAAGCCGUCCGAGUGAGCCCCUGCCAUUCGCGGCAGCCCUCCAUCAUCUCCGACGCAUCCGCCGCCGAAGGCGACAGGUCGUCGACGCCGAGCGACAUCAACUCGCCCCGGCAUCGGACGCACUCGCUCUGCAACGGGGAUAGUCCUGGACCGGUACAGAAGAACUUGCACAACCCAAUCGUACAGUCUCUAGAGGACCUCGAAGACCAAAAACGGAAAAAGAAGAAAGAGAAGAUGGGCUUCGGCUCCAUCUCCAGGGUAUUCGCCCGAGGGAAGCAGCGGAAAUCGCUAGACCCGGGCCUCUUUGACGGUACGGCCCCCGACUACUACAUAGAGGAAGACGCGGACUGGUGACCCCCUGCCCGGCCGGCAGCCCGCCUCCGGCUGCCGGCACGCGUGUGUGCCCAGUGUCUGUGUGCGGAUGGAUGUGUCCGGCCCGGAAAGCAGCGGGAGCCUGCUGCUCCGCGCCGCCGCCCCCAGCCCCUGUACAUACUACGCGCCAAGCCCCGUGUGGACACGUUCACUGUCGUCUUUGGAGCGAUGCGGUUGUGUUGUAACUCUCUCUCUUCCGUAGGGUUUUCGUUUUUUUCUGUUUUUCCUUUUUUUUGGUUUGGUUUUGUUCCGGUAACUCUUUCCUCCGUUGUCGCUUCGAUUUGUUCGUUUUGGAGUUUCGACCUUUUCGUUGUCGUUUUCCUCCUUCUUUUUACAAAACUUGAAACUUGAAGGACUGCUGUGUAUUUGUAAAUAACAGAAAUAUCGUGCACUUUGUGCUUGUGACGUCUCUUGUCCGAAACGCUGCUCUCCGAGCCCAGCCCGGCGGUGCGUUGUGAACGCGGCACGUUCCCGGGCCGGCGCUCGGCGAGGCGGCGUCCCCUUCGCGGGGCGCACCGGCCCACCGGGGGAGCGGCGACAGCAGGCUCGGCCUGUCCGGAGAGACCUUGAAAAGGAGAAAAAAAAAGACAAAAUCUCAUUCCACAUGCUGUCUUCCUGGGCACGACCGGAGGAGGCAACCUGGGCUCUUUCUACUGCCUGCCAGUCUGGAAUAAUUGUUUUAACUUUCAUUUUGUUGUUUAAUUUAUUUGCACAAAGUCCAGAAGAGCUAUUCUAACUAAAUUAUUGCGUAAAUUUUGGAAUUUCUAUUUUUCCACGUCGGUUGGGAGGGGGCGGGGAGGAGGAAGGGGGUCUCUGUACUGUAGCGUUGCGCUCGGCCGCUGCCCCGGAGCGAUGCCGGCCCUCGCCAUCCCCAUUUUUGGGAUGCCCGGCUCGGCCCGGGGCUCGGAUGCUCUGGAGGGGCCGACGCGGCCGGAGAGCUGCGUCCUUCCCCGAGCUCGAGGAACCCGUAACGCGCGGGAAACGCGUGUUUUUGCCCCGGCGGGGAAGCGCUCGGGGCCCCGAAACCCUUCGGGGGCCGCGGCGGUGCAGCCCAGCGGCAGCGCCUCUUUUCCCCCCCCCCCUCUUUUUUGGGGCAUUUUUGCUGCUUGGCGCCCGCUCGGGGCGUCCGGGCCGCCCGACGCUCCUGCAAUCCCGGCUGCUCGUUUGCUGCCGGCUCCGUGUCGGCCCGAGCGGGAGGGAUGUUUUUUCCCACAUGGAGCUGGUGCCUCUAAAUCCACCCGGCUCCCUCGGAAACGCCCCGAGCUUCCCCGCGGCUUUCCCGCUCCACUAACACGCACCGCUCUCCGCUUACUACGAGAUAAGUACCUUAUGCUUUAAUGCUUACGAUAUAAUUUUAAGCUCUUAAAAAUGUAUUAAGAUUAUUUAAUAAUGCUAUAAUAGUGUAUUUUUUUUUUCUUAAUUCUCCUAAGUGCGCCCUGUUCAAAAGGGAUAUUUUGUCUUAAAUUACAAACUAAACCCCGAUGCUGCCACGCUCUGUAUCCUUCCUAACGCGAUGAUGUGGAGGAGCCGCCGGUGAACGGGGCGCAGGGGAGGGGACGCGGCUUCGCGUCCCGGCGCCGCUUUGCCAAGGAGCUUGCCGAAAAGCAAGCCGGGCGGCGGGGGGGGCGUUGACCCUGUGGCAUCUUUCUCUGCAGAGAAGCAUUUUUAUACAUUUGUUUUCUUCCCUCUCCUUGUGUUUUUAUAAUUUAAAAUAUCAACCGACAGGACAGAUGAGCAAUCGCCUUGUUAUUGAGUAGUUUCUUUUUCAUUUCCGCUUUUUUGUAAAUUAGGAAAUAAUUCUAAAAAAAAUUACUAAGAGGAUGAUUUAUUUAAACAGAGAACUUCGAGAAAUAGCAUAUGAAUUAUGGGUAACACUAGAUUUAACCUUUUCCCCACAUGAGUUGGGGGGGAGAUUCCUUGAAGGCAUGGAUGCAAAUAUAAAAUUAUAAAAAAUCUAAAUAAAGCUUAUUUUAAAGUA